UAACCAGUAGAAUGGACCUAUGGACGGAUGGGCCAAUGAGCACUCGGGGCACUUCCGCUGCUCCUAACCAUUUAAUCCUUUCCCACAAUGCUUUGUGUCCACGUCUUCUUCUUCCUGUUUAUUGUGGCCGUCUCCGCCGGCAACAUUUAACGUUCUCAUUUGACGUUUUCCAGCUCGAAACUUACUCACCUCGUAGCUUUAGGAUGGAGGACCCCGAGGCGGAGCUCACCGUGUCGGAGGCGGACGCCCUGGGAGCCGACUUCAUCACGGUGGAGUUGGACACGCAGCCCAUCGAGUACGUGGUCAAGUGGGCGGACGUGGGCUCCAAGUUCACCAUCUCGUGCGUCAAGAAGGACUCGGACGACCCGGAGCUGAGCGGCGAGCAGCUGAAGAUCGAAACGGACGAGGCCUUCUUCGCGCCGUACGAGGAGGUGUACCCCUGCGAGGUGACGGAGCAGAGCGUGGAGAUAAAGAUGGACUCUGACGAGGAGGACCACGAGGUCCUGGUGGAGGCGGGGAGCAGUCACCUGGACGGCGAGGUCGACUCGGAUCAGGCCCCGUACGAGCCGGACGACCGGCAGUACCGCUGCACUUACUGCGGCAAGUGCUACAGCCACGCCUCCAGCCUCUACCGCCACCAGCAGACGCACGUCGCCAAGACGGCGAGCCUGGUGGCGUCCGCCAAGCACGCCCUCGAACCCGCGCACCAGGAUGCCCGUUACACCUGCCAACACUGCGGCAUGAGCUUUAAGGGCAGCAGGAUGCUGGGGAGUCACCUGCGGCUGCACGGGAAGAGGCGGAUCCACCCGUGCAACAUUUGCGGCAAGGAGUUCAACCACAGCUCCAGCCUCUCUCGCCACCGUCUCAUCCACAAGAAGGGCAACGCCCACCCCAAGGACGCCGGCCUCCUCGCUCACGACAUGCCCGCCGCCGUGCACCGCUCGCUCAAGGCGGGCUCCAAGAACAAGAAGGCCAAGCGGCAGAGGCAGCCGUCGGCCAUCAUGCAGGUGGCCGGAGGCGGCGGCGGCGGUGACAAGUUCUACGCCUGCCCGCAGUGCGAGAUGAGCUUCCGCACGUCCACGCAGCUGUCCAAGCAUCAGGUGACGCACGUGAAGGAGCUGCUGGACAACUACACGCCCGGCAAGGAGAACCUGGCCGAGACCUCGUCCGACCUCAAGAUCCGCCUCAAGCUGUGCUCGCGCGACAAGCCCAACUUCUACACGCUCUGUAAGAAGAACCGCCGCCGCCGGGCGGGCCGGGGCGGCAAGCGAGGCCCCGCCCCCUCGGAGGAGGAGGAGGCGAGCGGGGCAGAGGGCCACGCCUGCAACCAGUGCGGCAAGCGCUUCUCGCACGCCUCCGGCCUGGCGAGGCACGCGCAGAGUCACCGGGCGGCGGACGGCAUGGAGCGGGGGAAGGCCCGCCUCCCCGGCGCCAAGACCAAGACCUUCACCUGCACCACCUGCGACAAGACCUUCAUGCACUCGUCCAGCUUCUCCCGCCACAAGAAGGCGCACCUGGACGCCGCCAUCGCCGCCGCCAUCGCCAAGAGGGGCGUCUUGGACGAGACGGCGCCGCUCGAGACCGACUCCGAGUGAUCGGCGUGUGACCGUGUGGGGCGGGGCCUGCCGGGACAAGGUGCGACGCGGUCUGGUGUAAAUAGCAGCAGGAUGUCCAAAUAUGGACGGAUGUGACAGUGCCCCGCCCCCUCAGCCACCAUCAAAGACCACAGAGCAGGAAACGGUUUGAGCGCCGACAGGAAGUGGAACAUUUCUCAUGAGUUGUGAGUUUCUCCAUAAAGUUUGUAAAGAAAUCUAAUUGGCCGAUAAAAUUGCGCUUAAAACACUUUUUUUCUUCAAAUGUUUGAUGUCUCCGCCCACUUCCUCCCCGAGUGAUUUGAUUGGUUGUUUCCGUUUGCAUGAGGACCCCCCCCACCUGCGGCGGCCAUCUUUGUCGUUUCUCGGGAACAAGGUCGCGUUCAAAUACGCGAUGUUCGAACGUCGCCGGCGAGGAGGAGGCCCCUGUUGCCGUAGCGACGCGUUGAUUACGAGUUCAUCAAGGAUUCCACUUCAGAGUCGGUUAAAGCAUCUUUUUAUUGGUUACGUUAAAACUGCCCGGGGAUCGGUCCAUUUCUGGACCAAGCGGCGCGUCGACGAUCCAAACAAAGGCGUCCUGUAUUUAAAGUUUGUAAAAAAAAAAAUUAAAAAAAAAAAGCUUGUGUCGUUCACCUUUAGCCUCCAUGUUGUAAUGCAUCAGUGUCGUGUUUGCUAAUUAGCACAAACCAGUUGACGUGUUCUUUUUCUAAUAAAUCAUGAAAACAA